GGCGUUGUCGGCUUGCAAAUCCCACCCAACUCACCCGCCCUCACACUUGAUCCCAUUCAUCCCGUCGACUUUAUCCCAUCCGCACGGCUGACUUGCUCCAUUCCCUUCAUCCUCGGCCCCCAUUCAAGACACUUCCUCCGGCUCAUCGCCCCGUCCUCCGCCUCCCCCCGCCUCCGUCUUCAUCAACCCUCCUCUUGCUCCCUUCCGCUCCAAGCCCGUCCAAGCUCCCUGUCGUCUGCAUCCAUUGUCCGGGUGCAUCUGUGUCGCAGCAUUAGCAGCACCCGCACGUCAUUUGCUCUGGCCCUUAUAUUGCGGCUUCGCCUUGGCUUGUAUCUCCCACCCCAGCCACGACCGGAACCCAAGCCCUCGCAGCCACCGCCGCACCCAGCCGCCAUCUUUCCCACCAUCUUUGCCACCGGCUUUGCCCCCUCUUGUAUUUGCUCCAAGCACCUUUGUCCCGUCGUCGCUCGAUCCGUUUCUCGAUCGCUGCAUCUGUCUCGCCACUUGGUCCGUCCAUCCAUUCAUCUCCUGCUCAGUCCAUCCAACCCGGGCCCGAUUUGCCCCCUCUUAAUUCCAACGCGAGCACAUUUGCCCUCGCUCCGGCACCUACUUGUAACUCGUCGCCGCUGCCGUCGCCAUGCCCGAAGUCCAAGUGACUCAGUCGCCCGAAUACCAGGAGGUGUUCGGCUCGCCGCAGCCGCUCCGGCUGCCACCCCGAUCAUCCUGGGUUCCUCUCCAUGGCAAGCGGUCGGGUCUGCAGAAGCAGCUCGACAAGCUCGUCGAUUUCAUUCGCUCCAUGAAGGAGUCAAAGCCAAAGCAGCGGCGCUCCAAGACGCCGUCGUCGAAACCCUCCUCGAGACCGUCGUCGAGACCGUCAUCGAGACCGGCGUCGGUGUGCAUUCCCGAAACCAGCAGCUCGGCCAAGCCCAACAAGCCCUGGGUCUUCAACGAAAAGAAGACCGCCGUCGAGAAGCAGGUCAACACCAACCGGUACAGCUCGCCGCCGUGCGUGCAGUCCAGCGCCGUGACGGUCGUUGCUCCAGCGUCGCCGCUGUCGUCAACGUCGUUCCCGCCGGUGCUCCCGCGCGACCUUGGCGACCUGGAAGCGCCGCCCCGAGGCAUCCCCUCGAGCCAGCAUCAUCGCCUUGCAGCCUCGGCCUCGGCGCCGUCGCUGCUGCCUGGGCCUCGUCUGGUCCUGGCCAUGCCGACCUUCUCGGACUCGGACAACUACUCUCAGAGCGACCAGGCUUCGCUCUCCGAGGCUCCCCGCUCGCCGCCGCCCAUGACCCCGGACUCGACCGCCCGCGUCAUCGAUCUCUACAGCUUCCAGAACCAGUCGUCGUCGGCCUUCUCGAUCCAGUCGGCAGCCAGCACGACCCGCAGCCGCGGCAGCCACCGAUUCUCCAACUACUACGAGAUGGCGCCCAGCGGCAAGUGGCACUUUAUCCAGCGCGAUCAAGACGGCAACUGCCUCGGCGCCUUUGAGAUCGACUCAAACUACAUCUGAUUCGCCUCUUGCUGUGCCUACGCCUGCGCCUGCGCCUGGCUGACUCGUUGCCAUCGACAUUCAUCCCCGUCCGUCCUCCUCGCC